AUGUCAUUUGACGAUUUACACAAAGAGAGGCGUGACAAGUUAGACGCUUCUGUUGACGAAAUAUGCAAGGAGUUUGAGGUUUCGAAGGAGAAGAUUCAUGAAUUAACGUCAUAUUUCAUCGAGUGUAUGGAAAAGGGUUUAGAAUCCGAUGAGAAAGGAGAGAUGUAUAUGGGCUUGCCUAUGAUUCCAUCCUAUGUCAUGGGAAAGCCAAAUGGUACAGAAGAGGGUGUUCUUAUUGCGGCUGAUCUUGGUGGUACCAACUUUAGAGUUUGUUCGGUGGAGUUGAAUGGUGACCAUACUUUUACUAUAAAGCAGUUGAAGUCUGCUAUUCCAAAGGAGCUUUUGGAAGAUGAUAAUGUCUCUUCGGAUGAUUUAUUUGGUUACUUGGCCAAACGUACGUUUGCGUUUAUGAAGAAGUAUCAUCCGGAAUCCUUGAUUAAUCCGUGUGAAACAUUGAAGUUGGGAUUUGCAUUUUCUUAUCCAGUGGCUCAGAACUCCUUAUCCAGUGGCACUUUAAUUAGAUGGACCAAGGGGUUCAGCAUUGAGGAUACAGUUGGCAAGGAUGUUGUCAAACUAUACCAGCAGCAUUUGGAUGCUCUUGGGUUGACCCAGGUGAGGGUUGUUGCGUUGGCUAAUGACACAGUUGGAACUUUCCUAUCUCAUUGCUACAGCUCAAAGAAUGCCUCCCCACUUUCAACUGGUGAACUGUCUGAUCCAGUUAUUGGCUGUAUUUUUGGUACAGGUACCAAUGGUUGCUACAUGGAAAAAAUAGAUAAUAUAAAGAAGCUACCAGAAGAGUUUCGGAAACAGAUGUUAGCUAAGGGCAAGACUGAAAUGUGUAUCAAUAUCGAGUGGGGCUCGUUUGAUAAUAAAUUGGAACACUUGCCUACAACCAAAUAUGACGUUCUGAUCGAUCAGCAGUUCACUCCAAACCCUGGCUUUCACUUGUUUGAAAAGCGCGUCUCUGGGAUGUUCUUAGGCGAAGUUCUACGGAACGUGUUGGUUGACCUUCAUGCCAGAGGAUUGAUAUUCAGACAAUACUCGAAAGACAGCUUACCACACAGGGUCCAGAAACCAUUUAAUUUGUCUUCCGAAGUUAUGUCUCAUAUAGAAAUCGAUGACUCAUCAGAUCUACGUGAGACCGAGUUGUCCCUACUACAAGCUCUAAGAUUACCUACUACUUUAGAAGAGAGGGAGCAAAUUCAAAAGUUAGUUCGUGCCAUCUCCCGCAGAUCGGCCUAUUUAGCGGCAGUACCCUUGGCUGCCGUCUUAAUAAAAACAGAUGCUCUAAACAAGAGAUACCAUGGCGAGGUUGAAAUUGGUUGCGACGGCAGUGUUUUCGAAUUCUAUCCAGGAUUCAGAUCUAUGAUGAGACAAGGUUUAGCUUUGUCACCAAUAGGAGCUGAAGGUGAACGUAAAGUUCACUUACAUGUCGCCAAAGAUGGCUCCGGUGUUGGAGCUGCUUUAUGCGCUCUUGUAGCUUAG